CUUCACUUCCUGUAAAAAAUUAUGCUCAACAGAAGCAGCUACAUGUGAAACACAGGCGUAAACCCCCCCGGACACUAUAUCAGAAGAGAGAGAGAGAAUGGAUAACUUCUUUAUCACCUCAUGAAGACUUUUCCCCUCUGAAUGACAUGGCAUUGUAGGCUCGAGGCCCUGUAACAGCCAGAGGAGCAGCCAUGGACGCCCUGGCUGUCAGUGGAAUACAGCUUUACAGCCCAGAGAAACACUUUGACCAAAUAGUGGACAUCAGAGCAGAGAGACACGAGCACCUGCGAGGACGCAACAACGUGACCUCGUGUCGCAGCCCUACGAGACAGUUUGACACCAAGCUGAUAAAGAAUGAUCUGAAGGAAAAGAGGCAUCUUGAAUUUCUGAGGAGGAGAUCAGUGAGCCCGGAGCCGAAUACAAACUCUUCUACCAGGAGAAAACCUUCACCGAAGACAUUUUCAAUGAAAUAUCACAGCAGCAAGUCAGAGACAUUGCAUACAAAUGUACAAAAUAGUCCCCCUAAUGGGAGGCAUCCAAUGAUGAUUUUAACACCAAACAGCAGCGUAACUGACGGCCCAAGCACCAGCGACUGGGCUUCAUUAUGGACAGAACAGGUAACACUGAUAAAGCAAGAGAAAGGCCAUGCAAGGAAGCAAGCAUCUACCUCCACACCAGCCAUAAAGGAGUCAAACCAGAACAGGACAAAAAGCACACGAGAGAAUAGUUUUAAUGGUCAAAAGACGAGCAUCAAAACAUUCAUCCAAACAGAAAAGAUUCACCAAAAACAGAUACUGCGAGAGACUAGUAUGCAGACGGAGUCUGGUUUUGUCACCAUCAAGGAGUCAGAUCUUCAGAGGUUAAAUGACUACUUGCAGGAGGCCCUGUGGCGAGAGGAAGCUGUGAAGAAGAAGCUGGCAGCCCUCCAGGAGAGCACGACGAACCUCAUGAACUCCUCCUGCAAGAUAUGGACGGCUCGCUGCAGCGAAGAUCUGCUGAGAAACAAGAUCAAGGCUCUGGAGGCGCAGCUGCAAGUCUGCCUGCAGAAGUUUCCUAGAGAUGGAGUGAAGAAACUGGUGAUACAGAUGGAGAAGCAGAAGCUGGUGUAUGAGGAGAGGGCACUGGUCGCCCUGCAGAAGGUCACACAGGAGAAAACUGAGGCGCUCAGCAAGGCUGAGACGAUGCAGGAAGCGCUAAUUACAGCAAAGGCAGAGGCACAGAGGUGGCAGAGCCUUUGUGAGGAGCUGAAGCUGAACUCUGGACAGCUCAGGGAAAACCAACACCUCAGUAAUGAACAGCUGCAACAGCUGCACAGCCAAGUGGAGCUGUCCAGAAGCAGAGAGGCCGAGCUGAGGGACGAGGUAGUGUCGUUGAGACAAGAGAAGAAGGAGCUACAGUACAACAUGUGCCUGCUGGAGGAGGACAACCAGGGUUUAAGAGAGGAAAUCCAGCACCUCAGAGAUGGCAGCAACGAGAGCGAGGACGUCAUGACGCUAGGGCGUCUGACGUCAGAGGAAGCAGAGCCACGGCUGACGGCGAGGAGAGACUCUCGGGUGGAGGAGCAGCUCCGUAACACUCAGGAGAAACUCCAACUCAAGGAGAGAGAGUGCGAGGAGCUGCAGACAGAUCUGCAUGCCAUGGAGCAGGAGUGUCAGUCCAGCCAGGCCCGGCUGUCGCAGUGCAGGGACGAGCUCCGGCAACUCAGCCACCGCCGCAGGACAUCGACGCGGCGUUGCUCUUGGUUGAAGGUGUGCAUGUUCGUCCUUCUUCUCCUCGCUGUGGCGGGGGUCGCCAUGUUGUGGCUGUGGCAUCCUCCUUUCAGAGAGCAAGUUGAAGACCUGUACUCGGACAUAGAAACACGUAUUGAAGACUAUCUCACGGAGAUGGCGUCUCCUCAACACUCAGGCUGUUUUAGACCGAUAUGAUGAUGUCACUGCUCAGGAACUUUGUUUCUGUUUUAAAAUAAGAUUUCUUUUCUAGGAUGUAGUUUGUUGAUAUUUUUGUAUUUUAUACAAUUUUAGACUUGGAACUCAGAGUGUGUGUGAAAAUGUUGUGUUGACAUGUGUAGGAUGUUCUGAUACAAGUGAACACUUCCAGUGUGAAAAAUGUUUGUUUGCAACAAUGAAAAACAUGUUAAAAGUACUGUCACAUGUUGUCUGACGUUAAUGACAUUUUAAGAAGCUGUGAGUCAAUAAUAUCAACCAAAAUAGUCAGAACUCAGGAAAAUAGGAAGUAUCCUUCAUACUGUAAACAGCUUAUUUCGUCGAAACAAGCACCACCUUGAAUUAUUAAAAAUCAUUUAAAAUAAAGACAAAACGUGAUUCUUUCAGCUGUUGCUCUCAGUAAUAGAAAGAAAGGAGAGUAGGCACUCAAUAAAAGAGCCAUUCGAGUUUUGCAUUAUGAGAAAUAAAGAAAUAUUGUUACUAUAACAAA